AUGUCAAAAUACAUUACAAAAAGUAAACAACAAGCGUAUUUAGUAUGGAAUGUUGAAAAAUGUACACUUAUUGGAGUUUAUUCUAAACAUUUAUCCACUGUGUUGUGUGGAAUAUUCUCACCUUGUGAUGCUGAUAUAGUAUUUACUGGCUCUGCUGAUCAUUCCAUCCAUUCAUGGCGAUUAUCAAAAGAUUUACACAAUUACACAACUGAGUUCAAAAAAAAUCAAGAUACUCCUAAUAUUGUUAAAGAAAAAAUUGUUACAAAAGUUGCCGAUAAUUCUACAACUGAUUCAAGCAAAGAACAAUCAAAUAAAAUUCAACAGUUUCCAUUAUCAAGUUAUGAACUUUUUAUUGGAAAACAUUUAGAAAAAGCUGUAGAUAAAUUCAUCAAUUCAAAGUAUUCAAACAAUGUGUCAGUAGAUGAAGAUAUAAAUUAUUUGGCAUUUUUUGGUACAAAUACAGAAAUGAAAAAGUUUUUAGUUAAUGAAUACAGUGCAUUAAAAAAAAAGUCUUCAAAUCAAAUGAUUCCUUGUAUGAACAAUAUAAAUAUAUGGGGUCAAAACUUAGAAGGUUAUUUUAAGGAUGCAAUUGCAACAAAAACUAUCAGUGAUUGGAUGAUAGCUGUUGCCCCAAGUGUUAGUUAUGAAUUAUGGACAAAAAUGUGUGAUGUAUAUGCCAGUCAACUAGAAGAUGUUGGAGAAGUUACUAAAGCAUCAACAUAUUUAGUAGCUAUAAAAAAAUAUGAUGAGGCUGCAACGAUGUUACUAAAAAAUAAUUUGUUCCGCGAAGCUUUAGCAAUUGCUAAGAGCCAAGAUAAGCAAAAUGAUGAGAUUGUAUUGGAAAUAACUAAAAAGUGGGCUGAAUACAAUAUUCUUCACGGACAUCCCAAAGAAGCUGCUCAUUGUUUUCUGAGUAUAAACGAUACGCGAAAUGCUAUUUUAUGCCUUACAAAAAUUAAGCAAGUCAAAGAAUUGUCAUUAGCUGCCAAGCUAGCUAGAUAUGUAGAUGAAGAUAUGGAAGAGUCAUUGGUUGUUAAUUUAUUGAAAACUGAAUAUUUUAGACAUCAUAAAUGGAAUGAAGCUAGAGAUCUUCUAAAAAAUCAUCCUAAACUUAAUUAUUUAAACAUGUGGACUGGUGUUCAUGAAGCAAUGUAUGAGUUCGACCCCAAAGUAACUCAUAUUAUAAUUAAAAACUGGAUUUGCGCUACAUCAAACGAGGAAAAUUUUUCAAUUUUCAAUUAUAUUUUGGAGCAUGUAGAGUAUAAACCAGAUUAUUAUGACAAAUUACUAAAAAUAGUGGGGUCAGAAUUUAUUUCUGAUGCUUCACUUUUGAUGCCAAUGAUUACUGUAUUCUUAGCGGGCCAGUUCUGUUUAAUAGCUUUACAGUAUCAAAAAACUGGAAUAUUCACUGUAGAUUCUCAAAAGCGUUUAAUAAAAUGUUUUGCACUUGCCUAUAACUAUGAAACAGUGUAUAUAGAUUCCAAUUCAAAAUUUAAUAAGAUUCUUUCAAGAUUGAUUAUGUGGAUUUUUCCUAAAGGACCUUUAACAUUGGAUUCAUAUGUACAUUUUGAAUUGAACGACAACUUGAUAAAAUCUAUCCGAGCUUAUUUGUGUUAUACUUGUUUUUCAUGGUUAAAAACUUUGUAUACUAGUAUAAACAAAAAACUAAACUUACCAGUUGAUGAAGAUAUUUCUGACAAAGAAAAAUAUUUCAGUGAAAUUAUUAUUUUAACUCAACAAUUUCAACAGUUACUUAACAAUUAUAUUCAUGAUAUAAUGGACUUAGAAACUUCAAACUACUUUAAAGCUAAAAAAGAAAUUGAACGCAUAAAUCAGUUACUGACUACUAGCUCAACUGAAGUUAGCAUUGGUUCAAUAAAUGAAGAGGUUAUUGGAUGUAUAGAGUCAAUAAAAAGUGAGGACGAAAAUGAGAAUACUGAGAUUGUAGACAGUAAAGUAAUAAUAACUUCAGAAGCCAAUGAAUUAAAACAUCUGAAAUCUUUAACUGAAAAUAUGAAAGAAUGCAAUAUUGACAAUAUUACUAAUUUUAACAAGUUAGAACACGAAGAAUCAAACUCGCUUCAAAAUAAAGAAAUUAAUAAUUUACAAAAUAAUAAUAAUGCUAAUACAGAUUGUGAUAUAGUUUGUACAAAUGUUAACCCUACAAAAAUACAUGAAAUACAUAUGGAAGAAAACAAUUCUCUUGCAAACUCAAAUGAUUUGCUUGUUGAAAGAGAAACUUGUAAAAAAGAAGUAUACCAAUUCUAUCAAAAUCUCAAAUCGGAGUUAAAUAAAUUUGAUUUAAAUGAUCAAUCGCCUGUCAAGCAUAUUGCCCACUUAGAAAUUGAAGCCUCGAAGAAAAAAGAACUUGAACAAAUUGUGACAGAAUUUGAAAAUAAACGCAUAAAUUCUCCUAACCCGUUUUCGUUGAUAGCAGAGUUGAAAAAAUUUAUCCAUGAUCUUGAUAUCAACUUUAAAUAUGACAACUAA